UGCAUUGUACAUAUAUCACAGUAGUGACCUAGUUUCUUGGAGACCUCCUUUUACAAUGCAGUUCGCCUUAACUGAGUGAAGUAUUCAUAUGGCGAUACGCUGAAGCAACUGAAGGAGGCAUGACCUACAGUUAUAAAGUACAAUCAUUACGAUUUCAGGACCAAAGAAGACAAUGCAAGACAGGGCUGUCCAGAUCACCACGUUUAUGAUUGGAUAUGUUGAGAAAACUCCGCCUGCUGCGGUUUAAGACCUUUGUAUUAUGCCUUACAUUGGGUGUCGUCGCCGUUAGUAUAGUCAACAUUGUGAUCACCCACUUGUAUAGUCCGAAUGCAGAGUUCGUGUACAGGCGCGGACCUGGAGCAGACGACACCCACAGCGCAGACAAGAUAUUGGGAAAGAACGAGCCUAUGAAAUGGGACUUGAUCACCCUUGAAAGGAAUGUGGAGAGUUUGUUGAAGCGUCUCCCUUAUAACACGACAGCCGUUCGCAGAUACAGGACUGACUUUAAUGCUAAAACGCAAGCCUACGAGAUCGACGGUAAACCUAUUCUGUGGAUCUAUUGGGAUGGUCCUCCUAAGUCUGCCUACAUAGAACUUUGUAUAUUGACUGCCGUGUGUCACAACUAUGGCGACUUCGACAUCCGUGUCCUUAACGACACGGAGUUCAUUAGUACCGUGGGAUGGGUGCACCCGGCAUAUAAGUUCCUUACAAGUAACCAUAAAUCAGAUUAUUUUAGAAUGGCGGUGCUUCACCUUUAUGGGGGAGUGUACCAUGACGCUGACACGAUCAGUUUUGAAAGUAUGAGAGAACUUUACAAACUUCUCUCAGAUUAUGACAUUGUUGGACCCAGUGCACGAGACGGCGUCCUCCAUUUUAGUAAUAUUGGACCUAUCCGCGCCAAUACGACCUUCUCGCGUGAAUGGAAAUCUCGUUUGCUCGAGAAACUGGACGAGAAGUUCAAGACCCCCCAUCGAGGAGACCCGUUUCAAUGGAUCGAGAUCGGCGGGGGGCUAGCGGUGCCGGUGUUUGAAAGACUUUUGAGGGAGAACCGAACCCAACAUUACGGCUUCAGUGGUGCUAAAACGUGGCUGCAGUUUCAGGUUGAAGACGUGAUUUCAGAAAACCGAGAUUUGCUCAGGAAUUUAAACAAAACUGAAAUAUUGGUGCUGAACAACAGAUUGUUCCCGUACAUGUACAGGAGAAUGACAAUGAGAGGCGUGUUGAGGUCAAAGAGGGGCGUGUCGCAAUUGAUUCGAUAUUCUCUAAUUAACUGUCUGAAGAAAGUCUCUCUGGACCCCAAUCUGGCGCACACAUUGCACCUGCCUUGAAACGUAAUCAAAAGUGGCAAAAUAUUUUUGUUCGUUUGCAAAAAUAAAUGAAUAAAGAAAGAAAGAAGAAGUAAAAGAAAAAAAAUAAAGAUAAACAAAAAACACAAGGGGCUUUCGUGGUUAAAUGGGGCACGUUUUUUAACUAGUUUUAUAAUUAAUUUUUAUACCAUUAUGUCGAGAUUAGUAUUCCUGCUGCUGUUUUAAUUUGGCCUAAGUUAAGUUCCAUCUGCUAUAUAUCGUCAGCUGUCAAGACUACUACUACAAAGCGAUAGAUGGCAAAGUUCAAACUUAUUCAGAAAUACGAGACUUUUUGUCCCUCAAUAAAGCACAGACUACGUGCCAGAUUUCAAAAACUUCAAAUAGUGAAAUAAAAGAAAUUAAUAAUUGUGAA